AUGUCAACAUGUCAGCUACUGAUAUGGACUGAUAUGCAAGUGAAGUGUGUGCACGUGCACAGACAGUGCUUGUUUCCUGUCGAUUGUGCUUUUGAGAAGAGAAUUGUAUUUCUGUUCAGCUAUGGCCAGAAGCAGCACCAUGAGGUUCGAUCGAGGGAUUCUAAGACCCUUCUCUUUGGUGAGAAACAGGUUUUAGAUUUUUGCUGCAGGAACCCUGAGGAGAUUCCUUGGGCUGAGACUGGAGCCGAGUACAUUAUCGAGCCCACUAGUAUCUUUACUGACAAGGAUAAGGCUGCAACUCACCUUCAGGGUGGUGCCAAGAAAGUUAUCCUCUCUUCACUAAGCAAGGAUGCCCCAAUGUUUGUUGUUGGUGUAAAUGAGAAGUCAUACAAACCUGACAUUGAUUUUGUUUCUAAUGCUAGCUGCACCACCAACUGCUUGGUUUCCCUUGCUAAGGUUAUCAAUGACAUAUUUGGCAUCAUUGAAGGACUGAUGACCACCGUUCAUUCAAUCACUGCCACUCAGGAAACUGUUGAUGGUUCCUCUGCCAAGGACUGGAGGGGUCGAAGAGCUGCCACUUUCAACAUCAUUCCUAGCAGCACUGGAGCUGUUAAUGCUGUCGGCAAGGUGCUCAUGAAUCUUAUUGGGAUUUGGUUAAAAUGCUUCCUGCUUUUGACCUUGAGACAAGGUCAAAGUUAG